CACCAGGCUCGCUCUCUGCAGCUCUUCUCUCGCUCUACAACCCUACAGCGCCUCCAGUUCAAUCCGGAUCGAAAUGUUGGACGCACUCGUCAACAAACCGAACACCAUCCAUGCGCGCCAGCAGGCGUUCCAGAAGGACACCCGUCACGUCUUCCAAAAGACCCCUCGGGCGCGCUUGUACAUGGUCGGCUUCAUGAGCCUCUUCGCCAUUGGUACCCUCGGCAUCACCCAGGGCGCCUACAAGCUCGCCACGGGCAAGAAGUAAACUCGCUCUCGGCGACACUUCGACUCGACUCGGGCUCUCGGCUGGUGGAGGACGCGGCGAGAGGCGGUGCGGCAAUGAGACGCGGUUCUUUCGGUCUCGUGCUUC